AAGGACAAGUUAGUAAGGCAAUCAUUCAGUUGGAUUCAGCUAACAUCUGAUUAAACAUCUAAGGCAAGACAAACCCUGACAACAUGAAGAUUGCUAUUGCUUUACUUGUGGUGUUCUCAGCCGUGUUCAUGGCAGCUGCAGACGAGAAGGCAGAAGAAGCUGACAUUCAAGAGUUCUUGAGAGCCAAUGACCUGCCAGCGAAUGAUGUGGAGGAGGAGCCAGAAUUAGAUUUUCCGGAGAUAGAAAAGCGCAGAGUUAAUUCUACUGUCAAGCCUGUGGUCAUAGUUGAUAAGCUGAGCUACCGUAGCUGUCGGUACAUUCUUGAAAAAGGACUUUGCAAGUUGCACGCGAUACUGAGAAAACUAUGCCCUGCUCUGUGCCGCUGCAAGGACAUUUUGUCUAAGAGGAGCUGCGGAUUACUGAAGGAAGGUGGCUAUUGCAAGAACAACGCACUUGCAAGGACAAAGUGCCGUUUUACUUGCAGAACUUGCAUCCGGAGGUUCAUUGGAUAAAUCUUGUCAGCUGAAAACAACACUGGAUUGGACUCAACGUAAGAUUGCACCCAUUGCUAAGAUGAGAUUCAUGGACAUCUCAUCCCUCCUCUUUAGAAGGAAAAUACUAUUUGUAUUAUGAAGUCCUGGAUAUAACUCACACCUUUGUCAGAGCCACAUAUAACCUUUUUUAAAUAAAAUCACAAAGAAUUGAUUGA